AUGACUCUCGCGACCAUCCUAGCAGCCAUGCAUCUGAGGCCGCUCCUCGGCAAAUGGAGGCGCACACCGGAUGAAUACGACGUUGAAAAAGUGACCGCGCUGGAUAAUUUAGAUGAUCGCCUCGCGAACGGCACCCGAACGGAAGACGUCAACUUGGACAACGACGGCGAGGACGAGGAGCGAGAAGAAGAGGAUGUGCAGGAGGUCGACGACGUCGAGCAAGAUGACGCGGAGACGGGACAGCGGGCUGCUCAAUCGCGAUCGCGCCGUAUGAGGCGAUUCACCACUUUCGCGUCGGGAUCGACGUUCACGACGUUCACGCGCUCUUCAAGAUCCUCUACGCGUAGCUGGUUGGCCAGGGUGCGGUCCUUCCUGCUUCCUCGGGACCCAAAGCCAGAAGAGAUCGAGCAAUAUGUCCCGACCUACCGCUCCUCGCCUAUAAUUGCCGGGGUGCUGAUCCCGUUCUCCAUCCUGCUCGAGGUCCCCGGCCUCACGGAACACUGGUAUAUCAUGACGGAGAGCAACAACAUAGUUGACUCGCGCCCAAAUCCGGCGCUGCUGAACGCAGGCAUGGGCAUCUCGAUUGCGUGCGCCGUGUUUGCGAACAUAUGUCUGAUCAUGCGGUUCGCGGAGAGGUGGGUGAAGCCGACGACGUUGCUCUGCAUCCUGUUCCUCACCGUGCAUGUCUCAGUCAUGGCCGCAGAUGGGGUGAACAUUGCCGCCGUGACAUGCUUCGGGAUAGUGCACGCGAAGAACGACGGCUACACAUACGGCCAAGCCUUUUGGAUGACGCUGUGUUCGACGAUCGUCUCGACCAUCACGAACAUCAACCUGGUGAUGGACUAUGCUCGUGUACGCGACUUUGCGCGCUCCGGUACGUGUGGCUGGCCGCAAUCUACCGUCUAUGGCACCGUCUCAUCUUCCCCACCAGGGAGCGGCCUCACGCGCAAGCAGCGCUCACUCGUGAUCCUCGUGAUCAUCUUGCUCAUGUACCUCGCACUCGGCGCGCUGAUCAAUGCAGAGCUGCUCGGGAUCUCGUACAUCAACGGGCUCUACUUCUCGACCGUCUGCAUCGAGGUGAUCGGCUUCGGCGACAUCGUGCCGCGGUCGACGGGCGCGCGUGUGUUCGUGUGCGGGUACAUCGCAUGCGGUAUGGUCAUCCUCGGGACGGUCAUCUCGAUCACGCGCGACACAGUGCUGGAGGGCCUCGAGGUUGGCUACCGCAAGCGGCUGCAGAACAUGCGAGCGCGGCGUGCGGGCGCACGGCGGUUCCGCCACUGGCAGCGGCGCUGGCGCGAUGCGGUUGUGUGGCGUCUCCGCGCGCAAAGCAAGCCCGUGUGGGUGCCGGACACGGACUGGCAGCACGGCGACGACGCGGUGCGUUUCGUGGGUCUCGGCGGCCCCGGAGGUGGUGGAGGACGCGAGCCGCUGUUGGGACGCGCGCUCGAGGCGCUGGGUCUGCGGGACCCCCCGCCGUCGGACCCGUCGAUGCGCCCGGCGCAGCAUGUGCCAGGUCAUCCCCGCGGGAUGCACCUCAACAUCAAUGCGCUCACGCACAAUGAGCUGGAGGCGGCUGCGCUCGAGGCAGGGGUGCCCCUGAACCAAUUCACUGAGGUCAGCGAGGCGCGCCAGAUCGCGGCGAGCGGCGGGCGUCCGACGGGGCGGGGGCCCCUCCCAGAUGGCGGAUGGCCGGCGCAAGUGGGGACGCCGACGGACGCACAGGUCGGCCGGAUGGCUGCGAUGCUCACGGAGGUCAGCUUGGCGAUGAGCGGACGGGACAUCCGCCUACCGGGCCCGUCGGCGCAGGACCGGAGCAACCCACGAGCGGCCGUUGUGGAAGAGCAUGCGAAUCGCGGAGAUGAACAACGUAGGAAUGAGGCUAACGAUGCGAUCGUGCAGCGCGAGGGCGAGGCCACGGACUCUGCGGGGUAUGCCGCUGAGUCGAAGUGGAUCCCGGUUGAUAUGAAGGACGAGGAACAGAACGCAAAUGUUAUGAAGCUCUCCGUCGCGUGGACCGUGUUCUUCGUGUUCUGGUUUGCAGGGGCGGCGAUCUUCAGCGCAACCGAGAAAUGGACUUAUGGCGUUGCCUUGUACUUCUGCUGGAUCUGCUUCACCACAGCUGGUUUUGGUGAUUAUGCCCCGGCGACGCCUGCGGGGCGCUCCGUCUUCGUUUUCUGGGCCUUAUUCGGAGUCGGUACUCUGACAAUGCUCGUUGCUGUCAUCGAAGACGCGGGGUCCACGCGUUACAAGGCCGCGAUGCACUCAAGAGCGUUCGACAAAGCCGUUGCGAAGUAUCGCAAAAAGGCGGCAUUGAAAGCGACAAAGGCGGCGUCCCGAGCGGAACACAGCACCCAACGAGUCACCAACGCUAGCGACAUGACGGCAGAAGAGGGAGCCGCAGAAGCCGCAGAGCCUGAUUCCUCGGGGCUCGUCUUGACGGCGUCGAAACUAGAAGAGGUCCAAGCUCAAACCCAGCGACAUCUGGAAGCGCUUCCCCACGAGAUCAUUCACCGAGCACGGACGUUUCACGACUACAUGCAGUACUUUGCCGGUGGGCGCGGUAGGGAUCUUCCCGGUGAAGGCCCCCAGACAAACGUACCGGACGAGCUUAGGAAGCUGCUUGAUGAGAUCGUUCGGUCAGAGGGUAUCGGAGAACGCGUGAAGAGAGAUAUUUUACAAGAUAAGGAUGCGAAAAAUACACUAUUUUUGUUGAGCGUUGAACGUGCGCUACGAAAGAUGAUAGGAUCGGCAGAGCAAGCACUCGAGGUGCUCGCAAAUCGCAAUACUUUACUGGCGCAAUUUGAGGCGCAAAAACCAACAAAUGACGAUGAUGGUGCGGUAUACGAAGGUCCUACACCUAGCGGAUCUGCCGCAUCGCAACAAUCUACCAACAGGCCUAUCCUCACUCCCGAGGUGGCUACGCCAUCGAGUCAAAGCCAAACGGCGUCCAGUAGACAUUUGCUUGCGCAAUGUCUGAGGUCAGGCAUUCUUUCUCAAGACACUCUUGUGGGCCCUGAGAAGCUUAAGAAACCAGUACCAGUUGUCGCUGUCUGCGAUCUUCUUGGCCACGGCAUCUACAUUGAUCAGAUCGAAGAGUCGGGCAAUGCAGUGGCGGCAGGUGCAAGACUGCACUUAUUCCAGAUAGCGCGAAUCAUGGUUUCUGACGGCUGCCCUUCCUGCUGGGGUAUAAACUUCAGCUUGGAAUUCUCGAACCACCAGAGAAAACAAGAUGAGGGUGACCUAGAGGAGCAAAGGCACAAUGGCAAUUGCAUCCUCGACUCCCCAGUUGAUCAGACCACAGUGUCGGAAGCUCCAGAUGCGGACACUCUGCCAGGCGGUCUUCGACAUCCCAUUGGCAUGGUGCUAUAG